UUAAACACCCAACAGCUUGAUCGUUUUGUUUGAGCUCAUGACUAACUCCCAAUCGUACCAGACUCCAUCUGUAGGUUUGGUCUACUCAAUUGUGUUCUUAUUGGGUGCAACUGAAAAAGAUAGGGAGUUCUGUUCCCAGCUUUAGAUAGGAGCCUGACCUUUACAUGCCCAAAAAAUAGCUGGAUGGAGCUGCUGGCAUGGUGACUGAUUAGAGGCAUGUGUUACCUUAGAAACAUGGAAAGGCAAGAGACAAUAACUGCUCCUCCUUCAUGACACAUCCACAUUAUAUAAAUUACACAAAUCAACUUCUUGGGAGUCAUUCUCUGGUAGGCCACCACCUUGGCAGAUUCCAAGGUAUCAUAUGUAAGAAUGCUACAUGAAAACCGAACAACAAUCAAAGAGUUUAUCCUUGUGGGCUUUCCAACACUCCACCCUGACUAUUAUGGCCUGAUCGCAUUUAUAUUUUGUAUUGUAUAUCCUAUGCUGAUGAAAAAUCGCACUAUGACCAUCCUAAACGGUUUUGCCUGGAUUCUAUCCAUGGCUCCUGUAAGUAUCUCAUCAACCUACACCUACAUGCUUCCAUAUUGUGGGCCCAAUCGAAUCUAUCAAUGUUAUUGUGAUCAACAUUCCAUAAUGACCCAAGCAUGUGCUGACUACAGUUAUGAGAUAAUGAUUUCUUUCACAUUAGCUAUGCUGGUACUUCUGAUACCCCUGGCUUUCAUUGUCUACACUUAUGUCCAUAUAAUUAUCACUGUAUCGAAAAUAUCCAGUUCACAGAGUCGAUGGAAAACUUUCUCCACCUGCAGCACACAAAUAUGCAUUAUCAGUCUUUACUAUCUACCACGCUGCACUGUCUAUAUUUUCAACAUGGCAGGUAUCUCCAUGAACCAAGAUACCCGCAUUACACUUAUCCUUUUCUACAGUCUGUUUCCUCCUCUUAUAAACCCCUUCAUUUACUGCCUGAGAACAAAAGAGAUCAAACUGGCACUGGCUCGCUGGUUUAGAAUGAGGAAUAUUAGCAAGAAGUUCUCCAUUGCUGCUAUGCCUUUAAUGAUGUGA